AUGAAGCAAAUCUCAGGAUGGGGGUCGUACUAUCUUGACUACAAGUUCCUCAAGAAGAUCAUCAACUCGCUUGAGAAGGGACGCCUGGGUGAUGCUGCACUGUUUGCAACGAGUGUGCGUCCUUCGGGGGAUGCGCCGAGCGACCAGCCGCCGCUCGCGACCGAGUCGCCUGCGUCCGAGCUGCAGAUCCACAAGGCCGCCUUUUUCUUCAAGCUGGAGCGCGAGCUCGAGAAGAUCAAUGCGUUCUAUCUGCAGAAAGAGUCAGACUUGCGUGCGCGACUCACGACGCUCAUCUCCAAGAAACGCCACCUGAUCGCGCUCGCGUCCGGCCGCUCGUCCGCCGGCGGAGCACUGACCAACAAGGUGGCCAUCACGAGCGACUCGCCCUCCUUCGUUGCGCUCCUGGAAGGUUUCCGCUACUUUGAGAAGGACCUCGCCAAGCUGCAGCAGUUUAUCGAGAUCAACGCGACGGGCUUCCGCAAGAUCCUCAAAAAGUGGGACAAGCGCAGCAAGUCGCAGACCAAGGAGCUGUACCUGGCGCGCCAGGUCGACGCCCAGCCCUGCUUCAAUCGCGAAUUCAUCGCCGAGAUGAGCGACCUGGCCGCGGCGAGCGUCCUGCAGCUCGAAAGCCUCGCGGCAGGCAACGAGCUCCCGUCGUCGUCGUACAAGAGCGAGACGGCGAUCCUCAAGGGCAGUGUGCCGUAUGGCGCGACCAACCUCCCGGGAAGCAUCUUUGUCCAGGACACGACGACGCCGGGCAGCGAUGCGCUCAUCUUUGACUCGGAGCGCCGCAUGGACUUUGAGGCGGAGCGCGACUCGCACUCGAACUCGGACACCCUCAACGAGCUCAGCGAGCGCAUCACCGCUGCGAUUCACGAGGGCAGCGUCGACGAGGCCAAGACACUCCUCGCCGAUGCACGCCGCGAGACCGACAUGGACAUUGAUGCGGCGCUCGGCGACGACGCGGAACGGGCGAACAAGAUCCAGGCGAAUGCGCCGGUCGCCUCGGGCAUCGCGCACCAGGUGUGGCGCGCGCUUGCGACCGCGUCCCCAUCGGCGAUCCACACGGCCAUCGUCGCGGGACUGCCGGACUAUGCUUUCGUGGACGAUAUCAAUGCACGCACGACACUGCACAUUAGCGCGCUCGCAGGCCAGCUCGAGCUGGUCAAGGCGUGUGUCGAGCACGGCGUCGAUGUGCGCAAGGUCGACGUGUACGGCCGCGAGGCGCUGGCGUACGCCGCGAUGCACGGCCGCGAAGAGAUUUGCCAGUACCUCUUGGGCCUCCCGUCCUCGCGCGCGAGCCCUUCCUCGCCGCAGGGCUCGAUGGUCGACAGCGUGGACCUGGACGGCUUUUCGCCGCUCGUGCACGCGGUCGUGCGUGGACACACCGGUACGGUGCGCAUCCUCCUCGACUACACCGCGGCGAUCGGCAGCGUGCCCCGCGCCAAGACCGAGUCGUCGGACCUGUCGCCCCUCGCGCUCGCCGCGCAGGGCGGCCACGUGGAUAUCACCAAGCUCCUGCUGGAGCGGGGCGCCAAAGUCGAGGCGAAUACCGAGGGGCUGCUGCCCCAGACGCUCGCGGCGCGUGCGGGGCACACCGAGUGCCUGCGCGUCCUGAUCGAUGCGGGUGUCGACGUGAACGCCCCCGAGAAGGGCUCGCUCUGGACGCCGCUCUUUUACGCGGCGGAGGCAGGGCAUAUCGAGUGCGUGCGCCUGCUCCUGGAGCGUGGUGCGACGCUCGAUAAUGUCGACGAGAAGCAUCGCCACGCCGUGUUCUACGCCGCGUGGAACGGCUGGAUGCAGUGCGCACGCCUGCUCCUCGAUACGUUCGCCGCGCGUGCGCCGCCGCCCGCGCCGGGCGUGGACCCGAGCGCGACGCCGGUGCUGCUCAAGCCGUCGCCCGAUGCGGACCUGGAUAUGGAUCUGGAGGCGGAAGGCGACGGGAUCCCCUCGCUCUACCUGCCGCCGCCCAUCAUUCCCUUCCGCACCUACGGCCACAACUAUCUCGACAAGCGCUCGCUCCUGUCGCUCUCGCUCUCGAACCGCAGCAUUGUGCUGCACAAGCAGGCCGUACCGGACCGCCCCGAGCUCUUCCCGGGCCUCACAUCCUCGCUGAAGCUCGUCUUGACGCCGCGCAGCACGGCGCCGGGCGCCGACGCGGGUAUUCCCCAUACACUGAUCUUGCCGAUGGCCGACGACCGCGAAGACGUCACCUUCCAGAUCGCGAACCUCGACGAGUUCCAUCUGGAGUGGGAGCUCUUCCCAACGUUUGGCUCGUCGCGCAUCGCCAAGACGGCGCUCCUGCCCGACAUGCUCGGCUCGCUCGCCAACCGCGACACGCUGCAGCUUCCCCUCUUUGACUGGCACCUGAACGUCGUCGGGCAUGUCGACCUCGCCGUCGAGUGCGUCCGGCCGUUUGGCAGCGUCCAGCUCGAGAUCGGCGGCCGCGUUGAGACCUACUGGAAGAGCACGCUGCCGAGCAGCAACCAGGGUGCGGCGGCCGCGCCCAACUCGGAGCGCCGCGUCACCGGCCUCGGCACCAGCGCCUCGCUUGGCGUCGACCGCGGAGUAACGCGCGCGGAGCCGACACUCGCGCAAGAGGCGCCGGCACCAGAGCCGACGUCGUACGUCACCGCGUCAUCCCUCUCGGGCAACUACCUCCGUGUGGUGGUGCAGUAUACGAGCGACCUUGUGCCGGUCGUCUGUGCAUCGCAGCGCCUCCCGGUGCCCGUCUGGGCGCCGCUCGUCUCGCAGGUGUCCAAGGACGACUUUUUGAAGAUCGCCGAGCAAACUGGCCACGCCUGGUCGACCAGCAACACGGAGGCGUUCACCAUGGCCGACUGGAGCGCCAAGCUCGCCACUUCGCUGGUGCCGCUCGAUACACUCCUUGCCACCGUCCCGCACCACGUGGGCCUUGCCCUCGAGGUGCACCUCGACGCUGCGCCGGCCACCGACAAGCCCGUCGUGUCGGUGAACGACUGUGUGGACGCUACGCUGCAUGCUGUGUACGAGGCUGCAGACCGCGACCACAAGCACAGCCGCAAGCUGUUCUUUAGCAGCUCGUCGCCGGGCGCGUGUGUUGCGCUGAACUGGAAGCAGCCCAACUACGCUGUCUUUUUCAUCCUCAAUGCAUCGCUCCAGAAGGACGCAGCGGUGGCCCUCCUGCCGGCCGGCGCAGACCCGAGGCAGUCGAGUAUUGCAGAGGGCGUGCGUUUCGCCAAGGGCAACAACCUGCUUGGUAUCAUGAUCAACGCGCAGACCCUGGAGCAGGUGCCGGAGCUUAUUCCCUCGAUCAAGGCCGCUGGCCUCGUGCUCAUUACGCUCAGCCGCCCCAACACGCAGGUGCUUGCGCCUUUGAGCGGCAACAACCUGCUCGGCGCUCCAGCGCUUUCCUAUGAGGAUGCGUUUGACGGCUAUAUUCAGGAUAACAUCAUCCAAUGCACCAAGUAA